GUCUGAAGGUCAUCAUGUCUUCCGGAGACGUCGAGAUUCACUCUGUGUCUAAGCCUUCAUCAACCCCCAACAAUGCUAAGUUAAACAAGAUUUCCUCUCAGCUCACCCAAGAGAAGACCGGGGGAGGGGCGCAGGCCAUGCUUUACGCUGUUGGUUUGACUGAAGAUGACAUGAACAAGCCUCAAAUUGGAAUAUCCCCAGUCUGGUGGGAAGGGAAUCCUUGCAAUUCGCACCUUCUCGAUUUAGCCAUGAAGAUAAAAGAUGGAUGCAAGGAAGAAGGUCUCGUUGGCCUCACAUUUAACACCAUUGGAGUUAGUGAUGCUAUCACAAUGGGCACGGAUGGCAUGAGAUACUCACUCCCGAGUCGCGACCUCAUUGCGGACUCCAUUGAAGCAGUUGUAAUGGCUCAACACUAUGAUGGCAAUAUUUCGGUUCCAGGUUGCGAUAAGAACAUGCCAGGUGUCUUCAUGGCGGCAGCGCGCCACAACAGGCCUACCAUCAUUGUUUACGGGGGGACCAUCCAGAUUGGAACCCGACAUGUUGACUGUCCAUCCAUGGGAUUCGAGAAAGGCGGUACUGUAAACAUCUCUGACGCCUUCGAAUCAUAUGGUGCCUUUGCUGUGGGGCUUAUCAACGACGAGGAACGGUUUGACGUAGUCAGACACUCAUGUCCAGGCCCCGGAGCUUGCGGAGGGAUGUUCACUGCCAAUACUAUGAGCUCUGCUCUUGAAGUACUCGGGAUGUCGUUACCAUACUCUUCUAGUACUCCCGCUGUUUAUCCAGAGAAGGCACAAGAAUGUUACCGAGCCGCAAAGUAUAUGAAGAAACUCCUCGAGCUUGACCUCAAACCCAGAGAUAUCCUAACUCGCCAGUCGUUCCUGAAUGCAAUCACUAUCGUUAAUGUUCUUGGUGGAUCGACCAAUUCGGUCCUACAUCUGCUGGCCAUGGCCCGUGCCGCUGACAUUCCCCUCACAAUUGACGAUUUCCAGGAAGUUGCAGACAGGACGCCAUACCUGGCUGAUUUGAAGCCUUCUGGAAAGUACUAUAUGGAAGACAUCCACAACAUCGGUGGUAUCCCAGCUAUCAUCAAGUAUUUGUUGAAAACUACAAACCUCAUUGACGGUAACCAGAUGACCGUCACGGGGAAAACACUUGCUCAGAACCUGGAAGACGUUCCUGAAUUGGACUUCGAUAAACAAGACAUUAUUAGGAGGAUAGACAACCCCAUUAAACCCACCGGACAUCUGACCAUCCUGAGGGGAAGUCUGGCUCCUGGAUCAGCAGUCGCGAAACUAACCGGGAAGGAAGGUUUGCGGUUCACGGGUGUUGCCAAAUGUUUCGACAGUCUGGAAAACUUUUAUCCAUCCCUUGCGGCAGGUGAAAUCAAACCUGGCACAGUGUUGAUAUUCAGGUACCAAGGUCCAAAGGGUGCGCCAGGGAUGCCAGAGAUGCUGGGGCCCACUGCUGCCUUGAUGGGAGCUGGAUUGGGCAACAGCACUGCUUUAAUUACUGAUGGCCGUUUCUCAGGAGCUUCUAGAGGUUUCAUCAUCGGACAUGUCGUGCCUGAGGCUACCUCGGGUGGUCCCAUUGCUCUUGUCAAAGAUGGCGAUCCCAUCAUCAUCGAUGCGGCUAGUCGAGCUAUUGAUUGGCUUGUUGACGAUGCAGUGAAAGCGAGCCGCAGGAAGGAGUGGGAAGCGUCUGGUAAGAAUAAAUUGAAAGUGAACAGAGGAGUACUGUUCCGUUAUGCAAGAGACGUUGCACCUGCCAGCGAGGGUGCUUAUUGCGACUAAGUCAAAUAUCCUAUUGUGUGUAGCGUAGGCACUAUGUGUGUAGUCCGUGUAUGAUUAACCGUCCAUUAUCGAAAUCAAAGCAAAGUUCGUUCUCAAGAGCCUGAUAAUAUCACCUCCACUAUUGUCCCUGGCCAGCAUGUCUAUAAUAUUUAAGUAAUAGGUGCAGAUGGCCUCGUAACUAAGAAUGUCUCGGAUCGCUUUCAAGCCAGAACAGUACCAACACUUCUAUCUGGGCCGUUGGGAUAAGGGUUGAUCGGACUGUCGGUGGAUCUUGGCAAAGCUUUUGAAGAACGACCAUCGAUAUUUACCUUCGGAUCUUCUCCUGGAAAGUAGGAAGUCUUAAUACUUAGAUUGGCAUCGUUCGUGUUGCCCUCGGGUAUAUUUUGUCCAGGUAUCCUCCGCCCUUGCACGAUAGCGGGAUCAGGGGGAAUAA